CCUGUAUCCUGAGGCUAUGAUGAAAAUGGUCACUUUGUCGCUGACCCAAUUGAUUAGGAUUGGGUCAACACAUACUGUAAUGUGGCGGGGCAGGCAUGCCAACGAGCAUCUCUGCAGCCAUUGCGUGUCGGAACUCAGAACAAUCAUCCCCAGCACUCAAAUGAAUUGAUGAUGUCAAAGGGCAUGCGCUAUGCCAACCAAAUUUCCUUCCAAGCAUGUUUGGGUCAAACAUGACGUUGAACUUGGGCAUGGAUUUCAAGAUUUCCUAUGAACAAGUCUGUAGAUCCAUGGGGAUUUCUAAGGGUGGUUGUCCAUCUCAGAGUGUCAAUGAUUUCCCAAAAUAAAAAGAUCCUUAAUAUGUUUAUAAUGCAUAUACCAUCUGUCUUUUCUUCAUCAACAUAUCGGCAAUUGGACGGGGCUCAUGCAACCACUAUAGUCAGUGCUAAACUGCUAAUGGCACCUCAGUGACUGGUAAAACAGUGAUGUUUGUUUAUGUGAGUCUGUGUGCAUGGAUAAUUGGUCUGCUGAUGGCUGGGUGGUCUGGGAUUAUGAUAUUUUCUUUAAAACAUAGUGUUAGGGAAGGAGUAGUUCACGUUUUGAUUCAUCUCGGUAGGGCUCAAGAUUUUGGUAGGCUGUGACGAUGACUGCAUAGAGUUUUAUGGGUAGAUGAAAUCUGUGCCGUAUCUUGGCAGGGCAAAUGCAGAUGAAACUGAGAAAUGCAGCCAUGGCGGUCUUUUUCUUUCACCGUCUAACAUUAAAGGAUCUGAGCCUCCAUAGUUUCUUACAAUUAUUACUCCGUAUAUACGGAGUAUUCAACUUCUCUGCCUUCAUUACACCCUCUCCUCCUCAAACCAAACACACCUUUACCAUUUGGAGUUUUGGUCAAAGAAGAAAUGAACAUUGAAUGAGGUUUGCAGAGAGACUUUGGUUUCUUGAAGGGCGGUUGACCCUCUCUGCUAUGCCAUUGAUUUCAUCUCCAAAAAUUAACAGCCCUUUUGUGGAUUGGAAGACGUACUUCAGGUUCUGUUGUUCUGAUGCUUACUUCCUGUUUCCAUUUGUGAUGAUGAUGAUGAUGAUUAUGAUAAUGAUUUCAACAACAACAACAAUAAUUUCAAUAAUGAUCUUCCGCUCUUUUCUCUUAUACUUUUGUACACCUGUAUCCUGAGGCUAUGAUGAAAAUGGUCACUUUGUCGCUGACCCAAUUGAUUAGGAUUGGGUCAACACAUACUGUAAUGUGGCGGGGCAGGCAUGCCAACGAGCAUCUCUGCAGCCAUUGCGUGUCGGAACUCAGAACAAUCAUCCCCAGCACUCAAAUGAAUUGAUGAUGUCAAAGGGCAUGCGCUAUGCCAACCAAGCUCUUCUUUCUGGAUGCUCAGCUGGAGGUCUUGCUGCCAUAUUACACUGUGAUGAAUUCCGCAAUUUAUUUCCACAAAACACUAAAGUGAAUUGCUUAAGUGACGCUGGGCUCAUCAUGAACGCGUAAUAAUUCUUCCCCUCCCCAAGUUCUUAAGAGGUUUAUUCUGAGAGGGCCCACUACAAGCAUCGAUAAUUUAAAAAUACUAACUAUUCGAAUCGAUGAUACAUUUCUUUAUUUCGUCUGCCAUGGGGAAACCUGUCCGUUGAUGGCAUGGCAAUCCAGGAUUGCAGCCACACGGGUCGUCUUCUUAACCAUGGAUGACUUUUAAACACAGAUCUGAGACUCAAUCUGAGGAUGGCAUAUUGUGAUUGGUUCUCAAAUUGCCCCGGCAAAUGCAGAUGAAACUGAGAAAUGCAGCCAUGGCGGUCUUUUUCUUUCACCAUCUAACAUUAAAGGAUCUGAGCCUCCAUAGUUUCUUACAAUUGUUACUCCGUAUAUACGGAGUAUUUAAGUUCUCAGCCUUCAUUACCCCCUCUCCUCCUCAAACCAAACACACCUUUACCAUUUGGAGUUUUGGUCAAAGAAGAAAUGAACAUUGAAUGAGGUUUGCAGAGAGACUUUGGUUUCUUGAAGGGUGGUUGACCCUCUCUGCUAUGCCAUUGAUUUCAUCUCAAAAAAUUAACAGCCCUUUUGUGGAUUGGAAGACGUACUUCAGGUUCUGUUGUUCUGAUGCUUACUUCCUGUUUCCAUUUGAUUGGGUCAACACAUACUGUAAUGUGGCGGGGCAGGCAUGCCAACGAGCAUCUCUGAAGCCAUUGCGUGUCGGAACUCAGAACAAUCAUCCCCAGCACUCAAAUGAAUUGAUGAUGUCAAAGGGCAUGCGCUAUGCCAACCAAGCUCUUCUUUCUGGAUGCUCAGCUGGAGGUCUUGCUGCCAUAUUACACUGUGAUGAAUUCCGCAAUUUAUUUCCACAAAACACUAAAGUGAAUUGCUUGAGUGACGCUGGGCUAUUCAUGAACGCGUGGAGUUCAAGCAUUCCUCGAUUCAUCACGCGUGAGACAUACAUGAGAACAGAGAUGGCAACUACGGGAACAAAAGAUGUCAAGGGUUCGAAACCCUAGCACCCGUCUAUGGGUCUCCAUGGUAUGAAGCAACAUUUAGUGAUGGAGGAACCAAAAUAGAGAUAAUCUUGAGAAGCUACCACGAGCGACCACUUCAAGAUGAAGAGCAACUUAAACGAAGCCUAAUCUAAAAAAAUCUAGAUUUCGAUCUGGGCAGCGUGAUCUAGGCAUGGGCGUGGGCUGCGUGGAGGGUCGGGCUGUGAGGUUUAGGCAGUGUGUUGGGCUGCCAGGUUUGACCUGCGGCUAAGAUCUGUGGGUCUCCCAAGGGAGGGUGUUGCUUUCGUUUGGUGGGUGACUCAAGGUUGCUGACUUGGUUUUGGAUGAGACCUUAGACACCUUAUUCAAGUUUUGCAAAGCCAUUGGUAUUUUAUGCACCUGAUGAAGACUAUGGCUAAUGGUUGUAAAUUUAACUAUAAUUUGCUGGUAUGAGGGAUAUCAUGAUGGCAAAUGGGGAUGUUAGUGACUGUAGACCAACAUCUGAGGCAAAUCUGUUAGCAUCACAUCUUGACCGCAGCACAAUCAACACUUUGCCCCGACCAUGUGAAGUGGAUUUAUUCAUCGCUGGCCCUCCAGCCCUCCUUCUCAGGGGUUUUUUUUAUUGAACAGGCACAAUCAGAGUUCAGUGAGUGAUGUUCAAUGCAUAAUACUUCAAGCCCAAGUUUCUGCUCAUUGAAAAUGCCCGGAAUCUCAUUUCAUUUGAUAAUAUGAAGCCAUUUCAGCUAAUUAUAUCUUCACUUUUUGAAACGGGUUAUCAGUUAUAUAGAUAUAAUCAUAUAAUGUACACCUGUCUUAAAAAAAGAUUAUAAUGUCAAAGUUUCUUUGUCUAGAAAAUAAAGUAGCAAACUACUUUUUAGUGUAAUAUGUCAUACAAAAGACACAAACACGUUACAUAUGCUAAAUUUAAUCAAACAAUUACUAAUUUCUUUCAAAAACAUGUGUAGGGUUCAUGAUCCACAUAAACAGCCUGUUUUUUUCCUUAAAAAGAAAUACUCAUUUAUGUGUGUUGUUAAGUAUUAAUCAUACAAACUUAUAAAGCAUCAUAGUGCUCUUCCCAUAGAAAAGUGUGUGGGUGUGUAUUGUGAACUGUGCGUGCAUAUCUAGAUUCUGGUGUAACUUCAACGUGACUAGAGUUCUUUUUUUCUUUCUUUAUGUGCGGGCAGGUAAGGUUUGGAGUACUCCUGGAAGCGGUAUUCUUUGGUGCAGGACAAUUUGGGACUAGUGACAAUCUUUUGGUUCCAAAUAUAACAAGACCCACUGCAUGCAAUAGCUUGGAGUUGAGGCAAUAUUGGCAACACUACUACGUACAUUUUUUCUUCCUUCAUGUAUGACAAUGCCUGAACAUUGCAAUAGUAUGUUUGGAGCAACUAUUGGCAUAGGUCACAGUUUUAUGAACUUGGGAGUUAAGAUUCUUU